AUGAAUGAUACGACAACUACAACUACAACAACUAAUCAUAAUGCAAUGAUGAUGGAUCCUCCUACAGAUGAUACAACAACUACUACUACAAAGUCUCAAAUACAUUCAAAUACGAUGAAAUCGUUAAAGGAUUUAAAUGUAGCAGACACUAAACAAUUGAGUUCUGUUCUAUAUGGAAGAAAAGCUUCUACUUUCUUAGGUAUAUUUAGAGAUACCGAUACUUUAACGACAAAGAAUAAUGAAAUUGAACAAAUGAAACAGACUAGCACUACCCAUGAUUCAUCGAUUAAAAAUAAAGACAUAUUGAUAGAACAAUCUUCUGAUAAAAAAUCGAUGUCGUCGUCGUCGCAGGUGAAAACUUCAAGAAGGCGUGCGAUGUCAAGGAUCGAUGAUUCGCUUCGGAUAUCUCCAAUCUUGACACAUCCCACAUUGGCUACAAAUAUAAUACCGACAGCAACAGCAACGUCUAAUAGAUCGUCAUCACAACAUAGAGGUAGGCAUAAUUCGCGGCAUCGUUCUCUUUCGAAUCAUUCUGAUUUGACAUUGAAACCUGUCUCGUCAGCAACUUAUUACCCACAUAAAUCCAAGACGAAUCCUAAUUCUAAAGAUGAUGCAUCCCAAGAUGAUAUUAAUGUUGAUAUGGAUGAUCAUAAUAAUAAUAAUAAUAUCGAUCGUUCUAAUCAUAUUGAUAAUGUAAUUGAAGGAACAUCACUACAAAAUUCUAUAUCGAUUAAAAAUGAUGAUAAUACUGCAAUCUUGCCAUCUAAUUUAACUGCAAAUGUUCAAUUGAAUAACGUAAAUCAAGAUCAAAAUAAUAAUUUAAUGGAUAAGCAUCCAAAAAUAAAUAAUGAUUUGAUCGUGAAUGAACAAAAUGAUAUAAAUAUGGAUAAAAUAGAUAACCAAGAGGAAGCCAUUGAUGAUGCAGAUGAUAAUGACUACGAUGAAGAAGACGAUGAAGAAGAUGAUGAUAAAGAAUAUCCUCUUGCAGUAGAGUUGAAACCUUUCACCAACAAAGUUGGUGGUCAUACAGCAAUUUUUAGGUUCUCAAAAAGAGCAGUUUGUAAAGCGCUAGUGAAAAGAGAAAAUCGUUGGUAUGAGACGAUGGAACAAACAAACAAUAAAUUAUUGAAAUUCAUGCCGAGAUAUAUCGGUGUUUUAAACGUUAGACAACAUUUUAGUUCAAAGGAAGAUUUCUUAAGUCAAAUUCCAACAACAAAUAAAGCCACAGAGACCAAAGAGACUCCAUUAGAAGCACAAUCGACUGGAGACAAUCUUAUGGGGGCUCCAUUGCAUCAUGUUCAUUCGAUUGUGACAUCAUCACCUCAUAGGGUCCUUGAAAACCCAAAUCGAGGUAUCCCAAGUCUUUCAAGGACCAUGUCAUCAGCAUCGGGCUACGAUUGUUCAUUCCCAGAAGUUGUCAUAGAUGAUAAUAAACAUAUUAUGCCGGACUCCCUAUGGGAUAGAUACGCUCAAUCUUCAGAUUCGAAUUCUCGUAGAGAAAGUUUUUCUGAAAAACAAGGAAAUGGGUUUCGUAAUUCAGAUUCAGGUUAUACUACAAUUAAUACAAAAUUAAAAGAUUUAAUUCUACAAGAAGUGUUUGCACCAGUUCAUAACGUUAAAGGUCAUGAAAACAAAUUUAAUAAAAGGUCGGCUUGUGAAACUCCUACCAGAACUGUAUCUGGUAAGUAUAUGAAGAAAAAAAGUAGAUCAUCCUCCUCAUCAUCCUCAUCUUCAUCUCAAGGCGCACGAGCUUUAAGAAGUUCUUUAAGACGUGACUCAAUUUUUUCUUUAAAGGAUGACCAAGUAUCUACUUCACCUCUGAUGAAUAAAUCUACAAAAGACACAAUCUCGAAUGCCAUUGAUUCUUCUCAUUCCAUGAUGGAUUUGGAGCAAUUCCAUAAAAAGGCAUCAGCAAGGGAAAAUGCAGAUAACAUUGAGGAUGAACAAUAUACUCGUAGGCAUAUACAUUCUCACUCCCAUUCUAAUUGUAAAGGUGGCACUAGACGUAAUUCUAGACAUCGUCAUAGCAUAGAUGAGGGGUGUCCCAUUCAGGAUAGUUCAAAUGGUAGAAGUGAGCACCCUGAGGAUAAUAACAACAAUAACGUUGAUUCUGGACCUCUCUCUGAAUCUAUUUCCUUUGAAGAAAACACAGAUACUAUUGUCUCUAAAUUUAUUUUAUUGGAGGAUCUAACUAGACAUAUGACUAAACCAUGUGUCCUUGACUUAAAGAUGGGGACAAGGCAAUAUGGUGUUGAUGCAGCUCCUACAAAGCAAAGAUCUCAAAGGAAUAAAUGUCUGAAGACUACAUCGAGGAAACUUGGUGUUAGAGUAUGUGGUCUAAAAGUUUGGGAUACCGAUUAUUACAUUAAGAAAGACAAAUAUUUUGGACGUCGUGUUAGAAUUGGAUGGCAAUUUGUGAGGACUCUUGCAAGGUUUUUGUAUGAUGGAGAAUCAGUAAAAAGUAUUGUUAGAUUGAUUCCAAGACUUGUGAAAGAGAUCGACCAACUGGCUUUAGAAGUAUCUAAUCUAAAGGGAUUCCGGUUAUAUGGUGCAUCCUUAUUAUUGAUGUACGAAGGUGAUAAACAAGAACUUAAUAAUCAAUCAGUUGAUGGAACUAAAAAAAUGGUUAAGAUAAAAGUAAACUUAAUUGAUUUUGCCAAAUGUGUCACAAGAGAGGAUUUAGAAGAAGGGAUUAAUAAUAAUACGUUUGCAGUUCCUCCAAGAUAUCCAAGUUCCAUAGAUCAAGGAUUUUAUAGAGGCUUGAAAAGUCUAAAGUUUUAUUUAAUGAUCUUGUGGAGUUAUCUUACAAUUGAUGAACCUAUGGUUACUAAUGAGAAGGAUUUGAGGAAUCUGUUAGAUGAGAAAGCAGAACUAUUUGAAAAAUCUUGGGAUUGGUUAGAUGAAUUUGAUAAAGAAAACGAGCAAGAGUUCAACGAUCCUGAAAGUGAACUUAGAACAAAAUGGCGUAAAUACGAAUUAAUCUUCGAUGUUGAGCCAAGAUACAAUAAUAACGAAGAAGUUAGUGACUAG